UAGUAAUUAUGGAUCCUGCUAUAUUUCCUGAAGAGAUUUGGAUAAAAAUUUUAUUACAUUGCGAUGUACCUGAUAUUAUUGCAUUUGGUAAUACCUGUAGUUAUUUAAGAAAAACAUCAAGUAGCGAAUAUUUAUGGAAAGUAAAAUGGCUACAGUUAUUAUCGCAAGUACAGUUUAAAUUUCCUGACAUAAAGCAGUUGCAAUCAUUUUCUGUCAAUUUUAAAGGAAUGUGUUAUAGACUGCAUAUGAUAAUUACAUUAGGUGAAAAUGUACGAUUUCCAAAGUGUUACAAUUGCAAUGGAUAUACGUGUCAAAGAAAUUGCGUGGAAGAGUUAAAUGCUAAAGUUAUAAUCGAAAUAGGAAAUAAAUAUACAUGGGCAAUUACACCAUCUAAUUGUUUAAAGAGGCAUUUUUCUAUGUUUGCCGUCCCAAAACAUUUUAAUAAGGAAUGUGAGGAGGAGAUACUGAUACCAAGUAUACCAAGCUGUAGUACAUGUCCAAUAAGUAAAGGAAAAUCAUUAGCAAGGAAAUUAAAAUUAUUAGGAUUUCAUGAUACUGAAUUACCUACAACAAGACUAUUUUGUCUAUUUUGUAAUCCAUUUCAAUUAUUUAAAGAAAAGAAAAAAUUAAUUAAACUUCAUAGUUAUCUUUCCUUUACAAAAUCUAAUUCUAUUUAUCAGAAACUUAUAAAUGGUUAUUGUACAGAUACCGUAAAAAUUCUUGGUAUACCAAAUAUUGAAGUUUUUAGUCCAGCCGAAGCUUUAUUAAAUAGUGGAACAUUUUUAAUUCUUAAAAUUUUUCUUGAUCAUUUGUUUCAUCAAAUGGAUUUAAAUGUAACAUUAAAAAAACCAAAUGCAGUACUCAUGUUUUGCGAGCCAUUGGCUAUACAUCCUGCUUUAAGGAAACAAUUAUUACACUAUUUAUUUCAAGAAGUUAAAGUAACAAGAGUAUGUUUGGUUCCAAAACCUUUAACAGCAUGUGCUAUAUUGGAUGUAGAAACAUGUAUUGUAGUCGAUAGUGGUGCAUUAAACACAACAGUUGCUGUAGUAAUUGGCGGAAGAGUCAUGCCUCAACGUUGGAAACUGUUACCUGUAGGUGGUUGGCAUGUUGCUUAUCACUUGAAACAAGCUAUGCACUGGAAACGAAAAGAAUAUCAUCAAAUUCCAAUAUCUUAUCUUGAUACUCUAGCUGUAAAAGAGAGAUGUAGACUGAGUUAUAAUAUUAAAAAUGAGGAAAGGGAAGGAGUACAGAAAAUAAAAGAACAUAUUAAUCUUAGAAUUGACAGUUGUAAUGAAUUCAAACAAUUUUGGCAUUUAACGUUUGAAGAACAAAAUGAGCCCAUGUAUCAGAGAGUGUCAUUAGGUUCAGAAUUAUAUAUUGCACCUGAGAUGAUGUAUAUUAGUCUUGGAUUACCAGAAGUAAUAAAAGAAGUUACAUUUGGUUUGCCGGAAGAUACAAUGUACGAUUGCCUUUCACACAUUCUGCUUACUGGGGGUAAUACAGAUUUAUCUGGUUUCAAAUCGAGACUGACUAAAGAUUUGCGAGAAUUGUUACCUGAAUAUAGUGAAAUUUUGGAAGUAAGAAGUUGUCCUGGUACACAUGGUUGGAAUGUUGCAAUGGGAUCUACACAUGUAUCAUUAGCUACACACCCUGAUAAAACACCACCCGAAUAUGUUGAAGGUAAUCCUUUUUGGUUAUCACGAGAAGAGUACGUAUUGUUUGGAUGUGAUUCAUUAGAAUAAUAAGAAUAAUAUAAAUAAAAUAUUUGCAAUUUCCUUACUUAUUAUAUUAACGAAAAUUUCUUGCAUUAUUAAUGCAUAUAUCAGAAAAUAAACGUUACCAUCAUCGAGUAUAUUUUAUUCUAUAUUGUUUAUUAGAUAUAUAUGUUUAUCAGAUAAUAAUAGUAUGUAUAAUAAGCUACAAUAUAGAAUUAUCAUUAUUAUUAUCGAAAAAAUUUCAAUAUUUACAUUUUAAUGUGUAUGAUGUUUAAUGAAUAUUUAUUGUAAUACUUUUAUAUAUAUUUUGCAAAUUUUUUUACUCUCAUUUAAUUCAUGUUAUAUAAAUACAAAACUAUAUCUUAUAGAAUAUUAUAGUUGAAGUUUAUAUAAAAUCUUUGAUCGCUACAAUGUCUUUGUUAUUAUUAUAGAUAGUUUAUAUAUUGUGUUUGUUGUAUUUUAUAACUUGAACGUCAAUAGCAACAAGUGAAGUACUUAUGUAAAAAAUUGACAUUAUAUAUCUUUAUAAUUUAUUAUUUUUUACUUUAUUUAUUUGAAUUGUUAGUAUUAAUUGAUUGUAUUUUUGUUUUUAUUAUUAUUUGAAACAAUAAAUUGCACACAAGAAUGAUCUCUUUCAUGUAAUUAAUAAUGAUACAAUUAUUUUAUUGGAAUUUCGUUUAUUAUUUAUAAGCAUUACACUUUUGAAUUAGUAUCCUGAAUAUUGUUUAUACAAUUAUGACACCAAAGCUAAAUAAUAUUCAUUUUAGAAUAAUAUAAAUGAUAUUUUUUAAAUGAUAUUAUUCAAUUAUAUGUUGUUCAUAAUUUCUUUAGUAAUAUACAUUAAUAAUCAAUUUAAAUAAAUAUGCAAUAAAUGUGUUGUAAAAUGUAUAGAUAAAAAGUAUAGUAUUAAAAUUUUAUUUACAUCAGCAUACAAAGUCAUAUAUCAUUUAGCACAUGACAUAUAUUAUGAAUAUUAUUAUUAAAACUCAACAUAAUUAUAAUUAUAUUUAAACAAAAUAAUUAUGUUUAAUUGGCUUGUAGUAAAUUUUUAUCAAAUUGAUUUCUAAUAAAUUGUAUAACAUUAUGUUUUCAUGAUUUCUGUUAUAAUGUAUAAAAUAUGACAUAAUAAACAGGUAUUUAUUGUUAUUCUAUAUAAUAAUGCAAAACACAUUUACUUAUUGUGCCAAUAAAUAAUCAGACACCAAUUACAAUAUUUUGUCAUGACAAUUAUGUUGUAUAAAUAUAUUGUGUCACAAAUUAUUUUAUAUACAAACUUUUAAUUGAUUUAUAUCAUUAUUGCAAGAAGAAGUCUCAUGAAUUUUUUCAUGUAAAAAGUUUUCAAAUGUACCAAUAUAAUGAAAUAACAAUCUACAAUUUGAUUUCUUAUUCAUGAGAUAUAUUAUUUGUUAUUAUAAGUUAAAAAUAUUCAGUAAAAAAAAAAAAAAAGAAAAAAGCAUAUAAAUUUCAUGUUUCUUCUUCUUUAACACUUUAUACAAUGUAUGCUCUAAUGAAUUACAGAUACUUUUAACGUACAUUCAUGUAAAUAAUUUAAUGUAUUACAUUAUAAAUCUAAACUAUUUUCAGAAAUGUGACUUGGUAACAUUUUUUUUUAUUAUUUCAUUCAUUAUGAAAUAAUUUCAACAAAGAGCACAGCCGUUAUAUAACAGAAAGUUAGAUUUAUAUAAAAGUAUUUCUAUAAUAGCAUACAUAAAACUUGUAAUACAUUAUUAUAAGAAUACAUAUUACAAAAAUGACUCAGAAGAAAAUACAUAUAUUUUAGUUUUUAAAUGAAAUAAAAAAAAAAAACAAUCCUAUCUGAAUUUUUAAAUGUUUUUAAUCAUUCAUAUACUUUUUAAUUUAUACAUACUAUAUACAAAAAAUUCUACCUCAUAUGUAUGCAUAAUGUCCAUUAUGUAUAAUUGUUAGUCUUUUGUCUAAAACAAAGAAUGCGGUAAAAAUUGUAUAUAUUUUCUACUCAGAAAAUUGUAUUUGUUACUAUCGCAACAACAUUGGAAAAAGUAUUUGGAAUAUACAAUAUUCAACAUACAUUUAUGGUACAAAAAAUGUAAUCAAUAAUUCACUACGUAUUAAAUUUUCUGCUACAUUCCCUGGAUGAAAUCAGUUGUGUUGAAUGUCUAUAGACUCAUUUUCUAUAUCUUUACAUUUAUCAUUGCUUAUAUUAUUUAACAUAAAUAUGUGGUGAAUAGUAUAUGAAUUCUUUAGUGAG